UCGCUUUGGAAAACGAUUCAUGUCACCGUCAUAUUAUUAAUUUUUAUUUUUUUUUGUAACAAUAAUAUCUAAAGAUGUUUUUUACCGACAAUAAAAAUAAAGAUUCCUAAUUUUUUUUUUAAUAGUCGUGCUAAAUAUGAACGGUUUAUAAAUUAUAGUGAAAUAAAUCUUCAGAUAAAUAAAGUGUUAUUAAAUUUAUAGGUUAGAAUAGAACAAACUUAAAUAGUUCCGUUUUAAUUUAAUUUUUAUUAAACUGCUUAAUCCUGUUCGUAUCAAUUUUUCAAAUUCAUUAUAAAAAGUUUUUAGGUAAUGCUAAAAACUUUUUUAAAAUUAGAACAAAGGCGCAUGUGUAGGAUUUUCUUUACCCAAUUUCUCUGUCCACGGGCGCGAUUUCAUUUCAACUUCAAAAUUUGAGUCAAAUCGUGAGUUUUUGCGAGGUGCAAACAAUCUUGUUGAUCUUGAAAAAUUCGAGUUGAAUAUGCGGCGAGGAGUUUGGAAACAAUGGUAAUACUGACGAUUCUUCUUUUUGGUGUAAUAUCAGCCGUGGAUAUUCAAGAAAUUGUGAUUGUUAUUAUCAGCCAAAACAACACAUAUAAUUUAGGUUUAGCACAAAAUUUGACACAAGAUGUUUAUGAGCAGUCCAUAGAACUAUAUCAGAAAACUCCUGUGAUUCACAUUUCCAACAAGGACUUUCCUGAUAAAGCCGAUUGGACUUUUUUACCUCUGUUUUCAUAUUUGGUAUAUUUACAUCAACAUAAUAGUUCCUGGGUAUUUUUUGUACAGGAUUAUACUUCCCUAAGACUGAAAUUACUAUUAGAAGUUUUUGAAAAAUAUGAUCAGACUCAGGAAAUUUGGUUUGGCAACGCUUUGUCUGAUGAAGCAGCGACUAUUAUACAUCAUUUUGCUUUUUACGACAAUCCAAACUUCUUUAAAUAUCCAAAUUUAGCUUCAGGAUUUGCUAUUAGUAUUCCAUUACUAAUCAAGUUAUCCAAUGAAUGGGAAACCGAUAAAACAUUAACGUCCAAUUUCCACAUUGAUAGUGGUUACGAGUUGGCCAGAUUUGUGUGGAACGACGCCAGGGGACCCAUGCUCGAACAAGAGACUGCAUUAUGUAGCACAUAUGAAAAACCGGAGCUAUGCGCCUCAUUUCCGAGCCAAUUUCAUACCUGUGAUAAUUUGGUGCCAAUAAAUAAUAUAUAUUUCGCUGUUAAAACUUGUACAAAGUUCCAUAAUGACAGAGUUCCUAUUGUAAAAAAAACUUGGGGCAAUCAUACUCCGAUUAUUAAAUUUUUUAGUGAUAAAGAAGAUAAGUCAAUUCCUACCAUAGAUUUAGGAGUACCAAAUUCAGAAAAUGGUCAUUGUAUGAAAACUGUUGCCAUUAUUAAGUAUAUUUCUAAGGAGAUUGAGAUAAAUGCUAAUAUACAAUGGAUUGUUAUCGCAGACGAUGAUACUAUUUUAGGAGUAAACAAUCUUCGGCGUCUCUUGUCCUGUUACGACUACAACGAAAAACUGUGUUUAGGAGAAAGGUAUGGUUUCGAACUACGAGAUCAUCUUGGUUACAAUUACAUAACUGGGGGUGGAGGAAUGGUUUUCAGUAGAUAUCUUUUAACACUGCUCGCCAACAAUUGUAUCUGUCCAUCGUUGACAACUCCCGAUGAUAUGUAUUUAGGAAUUUGUAUGGCAAAAUUGGGAGUUGAUGUUACGCAUGUUUCUGGAUUUCACCAAGCAAGACCAUCCGAUUAUAGUCCUGACUAUUUGGCAUCUCACGAGGCCAUUUCUUUUCAUAAACACUACAUGACAGAUCCUGUAAAAAUUUACAAGCAACGAUUUGAAACCAGUGAUAUAGCAGAUGAAGAAAAAAAAUAUCAUAUCGAGCUUUAAUUCAAAAUAGAAUCUAAAUAUAUACCAUGUUGAUA